AAUGCUCUUUUCCUUGCUAAUAAAUAAUGGCUUCUUGUUAAGGCGGUGGGUGGUCGAGAAUUUUAUAAUUUGCAAGUUUAGUGAUAAUUUUUGUAUUUAAAACCAUUUAAUGAAAGUGUCAGAGCUAUAAGUGGAACAUAGUUAUGAGUACUAUUAGUUUAUUCAGUGCACAGUGCUAUUUUACUUCUUAAAGAGUUCCAAGUUGACAUAAAGAAUAAUGAUUUGCUCCAAUAUUAUAUAAAAUGAGUUAAUAAUACUCAUUUUAAGAGAUUUGAUGAUCCACCGCUGUUAUGAUAAUGUGUUUGAGUGUUAACUAAUCCAAGUAUUUAAUUAACAUAACCUCUAUAUCUAAUUAUGGCUAGAAAAGGAGAUACCAUUCGAAGCAUCAAUAUUUCUGUUGUGGGUCUCUCUGGUGUGGAAAAAGACAAAGGCCAUGCAGGAGUUGGAAAGUCAUGUCUUUGUAAUCGUUUCAUGCGACCUCAUGCAGAAGAUUACAACGUAGACCAUAUCUCUGUUCUCAGUCAGACCGAUUUUAGCGGCAGAGUCGUAAACAAUGAUCAUUUUCUCUAUUGGGGAGAAGUGAUCAAAACCUCUGAAGAAGGUGUCGACUAUCAAUUCAGCUUAAUAGAACAAACUGAAUUUAUCGAUGACUCUUCAUUUCAACCGUUUAAAGGUGGUAAGAUGGAGCCAUAUGUUAAACGUUGUGCAGCUUCAAAAAUUACUUCGGCUGAAAAGUUAAUGUAUAUUUGUAAGAAUCAAUUAGGUAUAGAAAAAGAAUAUGAACAAAAGGUACUACCGGAUGGUAAACUCAAUAUUGAUGGUUUUAUAUGUGUGUUUGAUGUGAGCAUUGUGCCAAGUAGGAGUAUUGAGAAACAAGUCGAAUUUGCAGCCGCUAUUUUAAAUAAUUUGUUAAAAACUAAAAAGCCAAUUGUAUUUGCAACGACAAAAAAUGAUGAUGCCAAUGAGUUGUACAUUAGAGAAGCACAUAAACUAAUAUCUAGAAGCGAAUAUAAGAAUAGUAUACCCUUAGUAGAAACUUCUGCCCAUGAUAGUGUUAAUAUUGAUGUGGCAUUUAUGCUAUUGGCACAAGUGAUUGAUAAAACUAAAAUUAGAUCUAAAAUACCAUCUUAUGCAGAAGCCGCUUUAGCCAAAAAAGAACUGAUGGAUGCUGCUAGUGAAUCAUUUAUGAGACUUAUAAGAGUACAUGUUACUGAUUGUCAUGCCAUGUGGUCCCAAACUGUGAAAAAACUGAAUUCACAUAAAGAGUGGAUUCAUUUCGUGCAACUAUUUGGUUUGGACGGAACUCAGAGAUUAUUCAGAAGACAUAUUAAGAAACUUAAAGAUGAACAAUUAGCCAAACAGAUAGCUCAUUAUAUGGAAAUGUUACCAGACGUUUUACACGAACUGGUUCCUGGAUUUAACACAUUAGCUGAUAUGGAUUGGCCUUCUAUACAACAAUAUCUUAAAACACAUCCAAAUUUUUCACAAUACUUUUUUGAACGACCAGAGGAUUUACCAUGGUCGGAAUGUUUAGAGGACAACGAAGAAACAAGAAUACCUUUCGAUGUUUUAGAUACAAGCGAGGCAGAGACAGUUUUCAAAAAUUAUGUCAACAUCUUGCAGCAAGAACAAAAACGUUUAGAAUGGAAAAAGCAGUUCAAACAAUUGUUAGAAGAUACUGGUUAUGUUACUCCUGGUAAACAUCUGUCUGAAGUUAGGGUACUGUUUAUGGGAAGAGAAUGCUUUGAGGCUUUAUCUGAACAUGACUGUCAAAAAAUUUACGACACACAUCAAAGGGAGAUUAUAGAAAAUGCCAAGCACAACUUUCAAGAACUCUUAUUAGAACAUGCUGAUCUAUUUUAUCAUUUUAAAAGUAUCGCACCUACGGGCACAAUAACUCAGGACGAUAUUAAAGAAAUAACAGAUGUUCUACAAGAAGACUUUAGGUAUAAGAUAUUAGAUAGACUUGAUCAAGAUAGAAAACUUACUCUAUUCCAACAUUUAGGUUUUAUACAUUUUCCUAUUAGAGAACAUUGUCCUGCAUUUCCAAAUUGUCAAGAUUCUUUAAUAGAACGCAUUCUAGCGACAAAAACCCAUCGACCUACUUCUUGGAAUAACAGCAAUCAAUGGCUCAUUAGCUCUGAAAAUAAUCAACUUAAUCUACUUAUAUUAGGAUUGAAUAAUUUGGCAGAAAAUUUGGCGGUUAAAAUAAGGAAACAAUGCGAUGACGACGAAUACGAAAUAGAUUGCCAAUUUUACAAUUUAGAUUACAGAGUUAUAAAUGGGGAUGUUAGCUUACCCCACAAUUCUUUUAGAACUUCCGACUUUAUACCCCACGGUAGCUUUUGCGUCUAUAAUAAUGCGGAAUCAUUUGAAUAUAUAAGAGAAAGUUUGGAAAAAAAGUUACUUUCAAAUUUGGAACAAGACGAUAAGCUUCCUUUCCAAGGAUUACCUAUAGUAUUGUUGUUCUUACAAGACUCCAGUAUUGAUGAAAAAGACGUUUUGAGAUUGCGAGAAGACGGACAAAAUUUAGCCGAUAAUUUGCAGUGUCCUUUCAUGGAUAUCUGCUUAGAACAGAUAACCGAGGAACAAUUAGUGCAUGAUGCCUUGCAUCAAUUGAUGCAGAGCAUCCACCAUCGAGCAGGUUUUCUUAAUAUCAAUCAAUCUGUUAUCGAAUGCGUUGAACCCGAUAUUCGAAUAAUAAUGUGCAUGUUUUGUGGUGAUCCUUAUUCUAUAGAAAAUAUCCUAGGUCCACUAUUAUCGCAUCAAAUAUGCUUCUUAUCUUCGUCACACAGCAUCAUCUUGGAAACAUUUUUAGGCGAUUCUAAGCGGAAGGUGGAGGUAAUCAUCUCUUCUUUUCACGGAGCCAACACUUUCAGAGAUGAACUCGUCCAUGGUUUUAUAUUGGUUUAUUCCACAAAAAGGAAAGCAUCUCUGGCAACACUAAACGCAUUUUCGAUGAACAUUCCUAAUUUACCUAUACAGAUUUUAGCCGUAACCGACGAUGGAAGUGCGACAGCUUUUUUUAAUGACGAUUUGAGUCAAUUAUUGAUAACAGAAGGUAAUGCUACAGCCGAUAGAUUACACGCACAUUUUAUGACAUCGUCUAGUUCGAUGCAACAUAAAACUGCUUUCUUUACACCUUUCUUUAAAGAAGUUUGGGAAAAGAAACCGGAAAUUGAGCAAGCUUUCCACAUGGAAGAACCGUCUGGUUUGGAUAGUGGAGAAGGUACUUUAGAACGUUCGAAGAGUCAAAGACACGGUCAUCCUCUACCGCCACCGCGUAAUGAAAGUUACUACUUGAAACUAAACGAUGGCAGCGAAAGCGAAAAUUUUGAACUUAGCGGUCCAGAUGAAAGAUUGAGCUCCAGUGAUCAUAGUGAUAAAUUUUCCAGUAUCUAUAUGUAUGGCAGCGAAGGAAGUGAGAAAAAGAGGAGUAUGCAUUCAGGAUUUCACGUGUAUCCACCUCCUGCCACUCCACCAGAACCAGCACCUCCAGAUAACAUUCUCAAUUCAAGACAUUCCAAGAAACAGUUGCUUUCCACUUCUCAAACGUCCUUAGAGGACGUUCCUUACGGAGACCACCCGAUGUCUAUUCCUGGCAGCGCUUGGAAUAGUUAUCAACAGCACGCUUUUACUACUGGUCGUCGUCAUAUCCCCAUAUCGAAAUCACGAUCGAAAGGAAUCUCGCAAACUUUAAAACAACCAGGAAAAUUGAAUAUGAAAAAUUAUUCGGCCGUAACUGAAGCUAUAGCUAGGAUGAACGUUACAGAUAUAUCUUCAUCUAAUUUCGGUAACGCCCCACUGGCUACUCCCGAAGCAGUUGACUUAGGUUGUGAAUAUGCUCAAGUUAAAGAUCUCGUCCAUAAUAUGUAUCCCGGUCAGAGCCCAGAGUAUAUGUAUACGAUGGUACAAGAUGCCAUCAAUACAAAAUCAAAAUUGAGACAAAGAAGAGAGAAAGGUCAACCUUCUUAUUCUGAUACUGACAGCGAAUGGAGUAGUUUGGAAAGAAGACAAAGGGCUAGUGAAAUAUAUUCGAAAGUCAGUCGAAAAGGCGGCACCCAUAAGAGACAAAGAAAGAAAAGAACCGCCAUUCCAGUACAACCUCCUCGAGUACCACAGCUCGGUUCAUUCACGUUGCCGUCAGUUCAUACACCCGUUUCUGAUGUAGAUAACGAUAAAGUGACCGUUCCGAGUGAUUCAAAUUCAGAUUCAUCGGACGUUAGCGAACCGGAGCAGUUCCCUCCACAAAGUACUUCUGAUUUACGAAUGAGAUUUUCUCAAAAACGUUCAGUGAGUCUGAAAAAAAGGUUGCCAGAUUCUACGAAUCCGCAUCACUUUAAUAUCCAAUUAAAUUCUAUGGAAAUGUAUCAGGGUCAGGGGUUGAUGCACGACGACGAAUCCAGUUUAGACGUGUCAUCCCCGAGAGACAACAAUUCUCCCAUGUUUGGCGUUUUACCAAAGAUGAAAGAAUCCGAAAUAGAAAAAAUGUUACGCAAACGAGAAAAACAAAAGGCGAAAGAUGAUUCGAAAUUGGAAAAACGUAGAUUAAAGGAAGAAAAAUUAAGGAAAGUGGCAGAAGAGAGAGAUAAAAAGAAACAAAAAUCCAAACAGAAAACAUUACCUGUCAGUGGAGCUCCAUCCAAAUUAUCAGACUUUAUACAAUCUGAUAAAAACUUUGUUCCAAGUUUUAUGGAAAAAUGUGUUAAAUUUAUCGAAACUGAAGGUUUGGACUCUGAAGGAAUUUAUCGAGUUCCCGGUAAUAGAGCCCACGUCGAUCUGUUAUUUACUAAAUUCGAAGAAGAUGCAAAUGUCGAUAUAACAGAUCUUGACAUUCCAGUCAACGCUGUCGCUACAGCGCUAAAAGACUUUGUUUCCAAAAGACUACCCCCCUUAUUCGAACCGGAGGUAAUGACAGAAAUGGAGGAGAUAGCCGGUACCAGACUGAAACCCAUGGUGACCACAUGUGGUAAUCUAGAAGUUAAGAACGAUCGCAGCUGUAGAUUACUAGCUUUAAGAAGUAUGCUAGAUAAAUUACCGCCGAUAAAUUUCCAAAUUUUGAAAUUUGUUUUUCAACAUUUCGUCCGCGUUACGGAAAAUUCCAAAUUGAAUAGUAUGGAUAGUAAGAAUUUAGCAAUAUGUUGGUGGCCUACUUUAUUACCAAUAGAAUUCAGCGAUAUGGGUAGAUUUGAACAGAUGCGACCGUACCUCGAAGAUAUUGUUCAAACGAUGAUAGAUCAGUAUCCGUUUUUGUUUUGUGGUAAAGAGGCUUUUGUAAUGGUUUAAAGAAGCUUAUAGAUGUAUAAACAACGCACAAUUUUCCUAUUAUUUCAGCCUCUGUAUCGGUGUUUUAGUCACCUGCAAUCAUCACUGAUGUUUCAUUGAAUAAUCAUUUUUCAAUUCCACAUAAUUCCAUUUCUUUUUUUCAUUUCAAAAAGAAAUUUAUCAUUUAAUCCAACACCAUGACUUGUUAUGCUGUUUUGGUGAUUUUAGUGGACUAUAAGUCACUAGUGAGCGAUAAAACACCGUUAGUUAUUGAUCCCAUAAUUAUGGCGAUUUUACAAAUUUAAAACAAUCAUUUUUUUUUAAUUAAACACCAUAAGAUAUUAAAUCAUGGUGAUUUUGGGAAUUUAGUGGCUUAUAGGUCACUAGUGAAUUAUAAAACACUAUGAGUUAUUAAUUCAUGGCGUUUUUGAAAAUUUAGUGGCUUAUAAGUCUCUAGUGAAUUAUAAAACACUAUGAGUUAAUCAUCAAUGGUGUUUUUUGGGAAUUUAAUGACCUAUAAGUUAGUACUAAGUCAUAAAACUCCAUGAUUAAUAAAUCCCAUAAUUAUGGCGAUUUUAGAAAUUUAAAACAAUCAUUUUUUUUUUUAAUUAAACACCAUAAGAUAUUAAAUCAUGGUGAUUUUGGGAAUUUAGUGGCUUAUAGGUCACUAGUGAAUUAUAAAACACUAUGAGUUAUUAAUUCAUGGCGUUUUUGAAAAUUUAGUGGCUUAUAAGUCUCUAGUGAAUUAUAAAACACUAUGAGUUAAUCAUCAAUGGUGUUUUUUGGGAAUUUAAUGACCUAUAAGUUAGUACUAAGUCAUAAAACUCCAUGAUUAAUAAAUCCCAUAAUUAUGGCGAUUUUAGAAAUUUAAAACAAUCAUUUUUUUUUUAAUUAAACACCAUAAGAUAUUAAAUCAUGGUUAUUUUGGGAAUUUAUUGGCUUAUAAGUGACUAGUGAGUUAUUAGAAAUCAUAAUUUAUUAAUCAAUGGUGUUUUUGAAAAUUUAGUGGCUUCUAAGUCUCUAGUGAAUUAUAAAACACUAUGAGUUAAUCAUCCAUGGUGUUUUUUGGGAAUGUAGUGACCUAUAAGUUAGUACUAAGUCAUAAAACUCCAUGAGUAAUGAAUCCCAUGAUUAUGGCGAUUUUACAAAUUUAAAACAAACAUUUUUUUUAAUUAAACACCAUAAGUUAUUAAACCAUACUGUUUUGGUGAAUUUAGUGGCUAGCUAAUUAUGGCGAUUUUGGGAAUACAAAACAUUAAUUUUUUUAAUUAAACACCGUAAUUUAUUCAAUUAUGGUGUUUUGGUGAAUUUAUUGGCCUAUAAGUGAGUAGUGAGUUAUAAAACAUCAUAAUUUAUUAAUCCAUGGUGUUUUUGGAAAUUUAGUGGCUUAUAAUUAAGUGGUGAAAUGUUAUGAGUUAUUGAUCCAUGGUAUUUUUGGGAAUUCAGUGGCAUAUAACUCACUAGUGAGUUAUUAAUCCCAUAAUUAUAGCGAUUUUAGGAAUUUAAAAUACCCCCAGUACAUUAUGAUGUUCUAAAAUCUUAUAAAUAUGUUCCGGAGAAAAGAUUAAUUUCCAAUUGUUUUAUAUCUUUGUAACAAUGGUUAUUUUUAUAACACCCCAGUGACUUAUUGGCCAUUAAAUUCACAUUAAAAAUACCAUGGAUUAAUAACUUGAUUUUUUUUGUUUUCGUGUUCAAAAUGUUUAUUCAGUUAAAUAUCAGCGAUGAUGGUUUUACUCAUUGUUGUUGAAUUGAGAGGCCUUUUAUGUUAAAAUUUAGAAGGAAGAAUGGGUAGCAAGAGAAUAAUUGUUAAAAUUAAUGGUGUGAUGACCCAGUAUUUGUAUUUUUACAUUAACUAGAUGGAAGUAUUUCAAAUUGCUGUAUGAUACUUUUAUAAAUGACUAUGUAUGAACAAUGUUCAGUAUACUAUGACUGGGUUGUUGUAUUAGGAUAGUAAAUGUUGUAUCUUUUUUCAAAUAUCAUCGAGAUUGUAGCGCAGCUACUUUGUCCAUUGUUGGAAUUUUUAUUUUUGAAAUAAAAACAGCUCUCCUUUUGAACUUAGUAUUAGCUACAUUUAUUUUCAAAAUGAUUCCAUUCACUUUUGAGGUAUGGUCCUCGAAAACGUGCUUGAAAUAUUUAUAGACUGAGUCAUUCAAAUAUGACUUGGAGUGCCAAUAUUACUAAAUUAUAUUUCUAGUCCGUGCAAUUAUGACAGUUGCUUAAUUUCAUAAAUAUAUAUUUUUUUAUUUUUACUUAAAUAGUUACUAGUAAAGUCAUCUACCCACAAUAUAUAUUAACGAAUAUGAUAUCUGCAGAUAUUCAAUUUUCAUUUGUGGUAAAUAAAUCUAUAGGUAUAUAAAUCGAACGCCCAAGUGUACUAACUCUAAUAUAUUUCCGAGCUUUCGUCUAGGACUGAAAUAUUAAAAAAAUGUAAAGAAUCUUAACAACAAUAAAAAUUACUUAUACUACAAUACUUAACUAAUUUUUAUUAUUAUUAUUAUGAUUUUUUACAUAUUUUUAUAUCGUAGUUGACCAAAAUUUCAGUCCCAUACGAAAGCUGGAAAUAUAUUAGAGUUAGUACACUUGGAUGUUUGAUUUCGUGUUAGUUAAACUAUUUAUAACUCGAGACUAGCCGAAUAGGAAUGGCUGAAAAUUGGUUUAGAGGUAGUUUGGAACCAGGAGAAGGACAUAGGAUACUUUUUAUUUAGUUUCCGCUGGACGUGACAUAAAACGUGAUAUAAGAAAACGAAACAAACAGAAAAAAAAUGUGUAUAAACAUCAUGGACUAGCGAUUCAUGGAGUAUGAAUUUGAUAAUUAGAAGUUUUGAAGUUAGAGGAUGAUGUAUUUGUUUCGAGUUUAUAUUAUCUUAUCGCGGGGGAUAUUACCAUUAAAAUGUCGCGUCCAAAACUAUCGAAUCGAUAAAUUCAUAAUGCAACUAGGAUUCGAAACAUUACGAAUAAUAGGAUUGAAGAAGAACAAGACAUUGUACAUAAAGAGCGACGGCUUAGUAUGGCUCGGCUCCAUGCCUACAAUUCAGAAGAGCAAAUCGAAACGACUCUGUUGACAAUGCGAAAUCGUCGAGCAAACUUCAGAGAUCAACAACUAGAUAAUCUAUGAAGUACUGAUUUGAAUCGAGCAGCGUAUCGAUAUAAUUUCAAUCAAUAACUACGUUCACAUUGGACCAAUGGACAUUGUUUGAGAAUAUUGUGGCGCAUUGAAGUUUUCCGAAGAAAUUGUGCUGCCUUAGUGGGAAAUAGAAAUUGCGAUUUAAUUAACUUCGCAACUUGAGCCAUUGCUUUGCUUUGUGGCGAAAUAAAUUUUCUAGCAAACACUCGAAAAUACAAUGGUUGUAUUAUACUAGGAUGCUAGCAUCCCACUUUGAGUCGAAUUUGUGUUGGGAUGCUAGUAUCCCGGACUGCUAUUUUAUUUUAAUUUUUUGCCAGUCGUCAAUAUGGCCCCAACGAAUGAAGAGAUGUUGUUGCUGAUGUUACUAAUUAACAAAAGGCGUCGUACAAAAAGGAAGUUUAGUGUGGCCCCCUUUUUAGCUGUCCGUCGUGUUAAAAGCCUGUAUUUUACAUCGUUUGAUGAACUGUGCAAUAGUGAAACAAGAUUUUUUAAAUACUUUAGAAUGUCACUUCCUUCUUUCAAAGAACUUCUAGGCUACAUCCAAAGCGACAUCUCUAAACAAGAUACAAGAUUCCUCAGACCAAUUUCACCCGAAGAGAAGCUAGUCAUACCUCUGAUCCAACUGCGCGCGCGCAUUUGUCAAAUAGAGCGCCUGCUCGGAUGCUAGCAGCCUAGUAUAAUGCGCCGUAUUUGAACCAAUGCCCCACAACCGAUUUUGCAACCAGCGACCAGCCGGGAUGCACAAAGUGGCUGUUUUAGCAUCUGAUGCUGGCAGCCCUAGUCUAAUCGCUCCCAUUUGAUUCAAUGCAAUUUAAUUUGGAGCAAACAUUAUCGAAGAACGGGGAUUUAAUCUGACCUUCAAAGGUUUUAUUUAUUUGUACGUUCCUGGUUUACCAGCGCACAAUUUAAGUUUGAAGCUUAGCUCUGUAGUAAUCGUACUUCGAAACAUUUACGCUACGAUACUCAAAGGAAAAUACCAAGGUGGGGAUGAUUCGAAUCGAUUUGCCGUUUGAGCUUAAACGUCUUCGUAUCGAAUUAACAAAUCACAAGGAUAACUUUUGAAAGUUUAUGGUCUGAAUCUAGAGAAUCCAUGUUCAACUAUAUGAGGCAUGUUUACGAAUCUGAAGACCAUCUGCGUUAUUCUAUCUUGAGCCUAAUAAUAAAAAAAUGUCGUUUAUCACAUGGUGCUUCAUUAAAGAGUUUAAUCUAUGAACCAAAAUACCUGGAGUCGUUAUGAACAUUAACAGUCUGAAUCUAGAAAAUCCCAUGGUCAAUUAUAUGUGAUUCAUUAAAGACUAUGUGCACCAAAAAAAAAGUAUCGAAGAUAGUGUAGAAGUAGCACAAACUUGAACUUACUACAAUUCAUGGAAAAAAAUAUAUACAACGAAAGUUUAAACUACGUCGCGCGAGCUGAAUCUCUGGAAACGACGUAGCUUUGCUGAGACAUCGGCGUUCGAGGUCUUAUCGUUUCGCUGCACCAAGACAGAAUGAAUUUAUCCUCGAUUCCAAAAGUCCCACCUGGGUUCGCGUAAAUACGGAACAAUGGGAAGGAGGUAGGUAUAUUGGUUUUUCCAAAAAAGUGUAUCGUGUAUAUCGGGGAGGAUUAAUUUAACUGUAUGCUAUUGGGACAAAGUUCGCCGGGUUGGCUGGUGAUUUAAUAAUUUUGAAAUAAAUUCAAUUUCUAGUGAAUUUGGUCUGCAUAUAAACACAUUUUUUGGACUUUUUUUUGUAAACAUGAAAAAGUUGAAAUGAAUAAUAAAUUGUUUUGCUGAUUCACAUAGUAGUUUGAAAUAUAUACAUUGUAAAUGACUUUACUACUACUAUUCAUUGGCAUAAAAGCGGAAUAUUUAUUCAAUUUAUCAAAUAAAUUUUGUUGUAUUUAUUUCUUUUAGCCUUUUUAUAUUAAUUUUGUUUUUCAAUAGAGGCAACAAAUGUAUUUUUUUACAAUCUUAUAUUAUUAACGUAGGUGUAUUGAUUAUUUUCAUGUACUGUUUCACAAAUUUAACUGGUAUUGUAAUUUAUUUUUAUCUAAUAGACUUUUAGUAAAUUUUGUGUUUGUCCCAUAGUUUAAUAUUUUGAAAAAAGUUGUCGUUUAAUCUCAUUUGCAUAAAUAUAUCCAGCUUUAGAUUAUGAUCAGAGGGUACAGAAAGAUCAAUCGAAAUAUUCAAACUUUGGCACAUUUUUUCAAAAAUUAUGAAAAUAUGAUAGGCAAAGUUUCAUUAUGUCUAUUGAGACAACGAUUUUUCUGGAUUGUUUACAAGGAUAUCAAACAUUUUUCCAUCAGAGUUUGUCACAUAUUAAACUGAAGAUCUUCAUCACAAUCUUAAGCAAAAAAACGCUAGUUACCUUUGAGAUACUGCCUUAAUGUUUGAUGGGACAUAUCAAUAACAUUUUGAUGCCCAGAUUUUCGACGUCUAACUUUAUCUAUCAAUUGAUAGUUUUAAAAUCAAAUUAUGCUUCAGAUAACACUAUUUCUUGACCUUUUAAUGUCAAGUGUUAUUAAAUAUAGAACUACACCAACGAUGUUUCGAUAACUAUAAGUUAUCAUCUUCAGAGACUGGGGGAAAACUUGUUUACUUUCUACCUAAACAAUUUCUGAAGACUUGAGACAAUGUAAUUUUGUUUGUGUGUUGGUACCAGUGUGUUGAAUACAGGGUUUGUCCGGAAAGUAAUAGGACUGAGUCUAUUUAAAAAAAUUUAUUGAGCCAAUCGUUACAAUUCUUUAAAAACUUUCAAAAUAGGCUCCUUCUGCGUCGAUGCAGCGCUGCCAGCAGGCAUUCUCCGGAAUAGCCUUGAAAGCCGCGGUGCAUGCUGCUUGGAUCACCUCUAGCGUCUCGAAAUGCUUGCCUUUCAUCGAGGAAACAAAAAAAAGUCCGGGGAGCCACAUCUGGGCUGUAGGGCGGCUGCGGAAGCGUUGAAAUGCCGGCCUUAGUCAGGUAGCUGUUCACAAAAAAGGCGGUGUCGUUGUUUUGCAACUUCCAGUCUGCUGCGAUGUCUUGUCGGACCCGGUUGACCCUUCGUUUGAGUCUCUUGAGCACUUCCAUGUAAAACUUGGCGUUGACGGUUUGUCCAGGAGGAACAAAUUCAUGGUGGACGAUGGCUUUGAUGUCAAAAAAGACAAUGAGCAUCGUUUUCACUUUGGAUUUGCUCAUUCUUCCCUUUUUUGGGCGAGGAGACGCCGGUGUGUGCCACUCGGAAGAUUGCCUCUUUGUCUCGGGAUCAUACUCAAAGAUUCAUGACUCGUCACCUGUGAUUACGUUAUUCAUAAAUUGGGGGUCACUUUCACACAUGCUCGAAUUUUCUUGGCACACUUCCACUCGCCGCAAUUUCUGGUCGUCAGAGAGCACUUUUGGGACCAUCUUCGCGCACACCUUGCGCAUCUUCAAAUGCUCCGUCACAAUGUCAUGAACCACAGAUUUUGGUGAAUUUAACAUCUGGGCAAUCAAACGAAUACUUAGUCAAACGUCUCUGUCGCAGAUUUACCGAGUUUCACACAGAAUUUAAUUGCGUACCUCUGCUCUAACGAACGCUGCAUUUUCGGCUUGCACAACUCACAGAAACACGUCGCGCGAAAAUGCCUGCCCUGACUCUCCAGGUGCUCGGAGACAACUGACCAGCCGCUCGUUUGUUAGCUAGGAACGCCCUCUACCGAAUCCAGUUGGUGCGCGCACGCUCUGAAGUAUAAUUGCGGCGGAAGAAAAUCAAUCCUAUUACUUUCCGGACAAACCCUGUAUAAUUAAAGUCAAUAUUUAAUAUUUUGAAAUGUAGAAUGAAAAUGAAUAUCAAAAAUCUUCGUAAUUGAAAAUUGUGCAAAUAUGAAUUGAACGAUAACUGAUUUUUUUUUUCAAUAACUCAAAUCCAAAAUCGAAUAAUUUUUAAUUUUCAGUAAUUUUUUUCCUAUUGUUUUCAUUAGUGAUAAACGCUGUGAUAUAUUAUUUUAAAAAUUUUCGAUACCUUUUUAAAGUGUAUUAUUUCUUAAUUUAUAAUCGAAAUGCAAUACAGUCCCUAUGUGUACAUCUCUAUUUUAUUUAAGUUUUAUCAUAUUAGACAAUUUUUAUUAUUAGAGAUAAUUUUUAUUUCGAGGACCUUUUGAGGAUACCUAGAUGUUAGUAUAUCCAAAAAAAAAAAAAAUAUAAAUAUCCACAUGUUUUUCACUGAAUAAAUGUCGUGAAAAUUUUUAACGAGAAAAAAAAAUGGGUUUCAGCUCCAAAUUAGAUAGAGGGUGUUGGGGAACACCAAUCACAGCCCGUUUAAGCUCCUCUUUGGACAUAAUAAGUUUUUGAAUCUAGUUUUUUUUCUGAAAAUUAGCGAAAAUUGUUUUUUUACCAUCUCCUCCACAGCUCUGCGUUUUUAAAAUUUGUUCUAAGGUAUAAUCAGUUUAUGAGGUUCAAAACUUAAAUAAAAAUCUUGAAUUAUCAAAAUAAAAAAUCAUUUUUUGAAAAUGGUUCAUGGUUUUAAUAGAAUAUUGAGUAAGAGUAUGAUAAGCCACCCAACGACGAUAAUAAUGAAACUCUAUUCACAGACAAUUGACAUUUACUUCCGGAUAUGCCGGAAGUUGUCGUUAUCUCAGAAAGGCCAACAGAUAUCGAACCGUGGAUAACUUUGUUCGAUAGAUCUAAUCAAUAUCUAUCUGUGUGUAAAAAGUCAUGAUGAUCGACGCACGCGCAGAAGAGUUUCUCUGAAAAAAGUAUACAAAUGCAUCAUUUUUAUAAAAAAAAAACACGUCGUUCCAGGAAGCAUAAUUCAUACAGAUGGCUGGCUAGCCUAUCGAUGCCUACACUCAUGAGUGGGUCAAGCACAUAGAAAGAUUUGUUUCUGAUAGCUGGGUUCAUACUGAAAGAAUUGAGACCAGCUGGAAACCUCUGAGAACAUUCUUCCACGAUAAGCACGUACCUUUGGAAGGCUGGGAGGACAGAAUCAUAGAAUAUACAUGGCGACGAGAAUGUAGUAAAUCUGAACCAAAAAUAGACCCACUCAUUUCAUUAAUAGAAGAAAUCAAAAAAUAUUUUCAAAUGUAAAAGCUAUAGAUUUAAGUCCAAUUAAAAUGUUUAAUUGAAUAAAAUUAUUUUUGUUUGCCUUUAUUUCAGUCUCUAACACAACCUACCCAAACCUUACAAAAAUUAUUCAAUUUUAACACAGAAACUCUUCUACGCGUGCGUCGAUUAUCAUGACUUUUCACACACAUAUAGAUCUUGAUGGAAUCUAUCGAACAAAGUUCGGUGACUGUCAUGGUGAAAGUAGUGUCAUCGUAAGAUUACAAACAGUAAUAAGAUGAUACCGCGCCUGCGCAGUUAGUAUACUGGGUUCGUCUACACCUUAAUACAAAGUUAUCCAUGGUUCGAUAUGUGUUAGUUUUCCUGAGAUAAUGACAAUUUUCGGCAUAUCCGGAAGUAAAUGUCAAUUUUCUAUGUAUAGAGUUUCAUGAUGAUCGUCGUGAGGUGGCUUAUCGUACUUGUGCCGAAUAUUUACCACUAAUGUGGCAACAAUGUACAAAAUGGAUGUUUUAGAUUUGAAACUGUUAAAAUAUAUGUUUUGAACCAAACGAAUCGCCCUAAAUAUAACAUCAACUUAUAAAUGAAAAUGAUCAAAUAUCAAUUUUUAUUUGCUGCUAUUGGAAAACAAAUUAAUUUUUCUUCUGCGACAUUUUAUCUGUGUUGACAGGUAACAAAAUGUCAUUUUUUAUAUAAAAUUAUCUUUUCCCCGGAUAUUGUAUAAACACGUAAACAACGGUAGAUAUUUAAUUUCAAAAUAUUUUAUUAUACAAUAAAGUUAUAUUUCGUUUAUAUCAAGGGUUGGAAUUUCUGGAACUGUUGGUGAUAUUCUCACUGAACACACUGUUUACACUACAACUACACCAAUACUUAAAAUUACACUGUCUGGCGCGCGUUUCGAUAACCAAGUUAUCGUCUUCAGAGAAUGAAGGUAAAAUAAAACCUAAUAUGUAUGGGGGAUUAGUUGAAAAAGUGUCCAGUUAAAAACAGCAAAUUAUAAUACGAAGACUCGCCAAAAUAGCGCUACUGUAGCUAGUGGAAACGAUAUGAAUUUAGCGGGAUAAUAAUUUUCGAAUAAAUCUAUAUUAAUAGUUUCUUAGAAAUAGUUCACUUUCAAAAAGUCAAUUUACUAUACCAUUGUUGCACUCUUUUUAAAAUUCUUCAACUUGCUACUUCCACCUUAAUUUGCUUCCUUUCAACAGACACUUUUCGAUACACCGAGAUGGUUCUCCUCACCUCUACUCUCCAUAUUUAGUAGUCAAGGAAUAAUUAAGAUUCUGACAGUCGCUAACCUUUGGCGCAUGCGUACUUUUUCUGUAGCAGCGCUAGUCUCGUUACUUAAAACCAAGGACACAUUUUUAACACGUAUCGUGUUAAUAAGUGUUAUAUAAAUAUCAAUUAAAUUAUUUUAAGUAGAUUUAUGCAUAUUAGAGGACGAUUUAACACGAGUUUUCAAUAUCUACGUUGGUCAUAUUUUCGUCAGAAGGGCUACAAAAUGUUUUAGGUUAUAUUCACCACCUGUGCCGAGUUUGUUUAUCGGUAUGUUCUGUACGUGACUGAAAAGUGUUUUCUUAAUAUAUCUAAAUUUAUUGUGAUAUUAAUUUCGGCCACAGAUAUUCACCACAUUCGUGCCUACGUUGGUUCAUUGGAUGAACCCAGUACGCCCUGGAUUCGUGUAGCAGAAACCGCAACAAUUUCCUCUUCUUUAUCCAACCAAUCCAUCUCUUCUUGUAGGUGCUCCGUUAUGUUAUAAGUUCCGUGAAUUUGUGUUGUGUGAACGUGAAGGUCGAGGAUAAAACUUCACCAUUCUAAAAAAAUCAAAAUAUCAGCUGGCGCACACGUUUUGCAACACAGAUAUGUGUCCGGCCUAUGUGAAGUGUCGUGUUAACACGUGUUAAAAAUGUGUCAUUAGUUUUUUUAACAUUUUUAAUUCAAAUAAAAGGGGAUCGGGUAAUGUUGUUUUUAGUUUGUCAAAAACAGUUAUUACUAAUAGUACAGUCUGAUAAUUUUAUAGAUUUGUUGUAUUUUUUUUCUUAGAUCGUAUAGUAGAAAUCGUAAUACAUUUUCUCAGAGAGAAAUAGUAAAUUCGAAUGAAUCUUGGAUUAGAUUUUAAUAAAUUCAUUGAAUAACUCACAUUUUAAUGCAUCUCAUUUAUUUAUAAUAUUUAUUUCACUAUAUCACAUAUCAAGUCAUUAAAAAAACACUCAAAUCUGCUAAUUUAGUGUUAGGAAUUGAUGUGCAAAACAAUAACCUGUUUUUUCCAAUAUAAAUGUGAUCGUUUUCGCUAUUAAAGGCGUUUAUAGUUUAUUUUUUGUGAUUGGUUAUAUACCCGCUUUCAUAAAAAUCGACCCACUUAUUUCGAUGUUUAAAAUACUGAAAUUAAUGCAUUAAGCAAAUUAUUUUCUUUAUUAUUAACAUAAAUAGCGUCGUUGACAAUUUAAAACUUGACAAUUAAUUUCUUAUUAAUGGGUAUGAUCACCCGCAUAGAUCCAAUCAAGUUAGCUAUUCGUUUUUGUGGCAUAUUAAGCCACAAAUUCUGUAUAUUGCAAUUGUAUUUUAAUUGUAUCUUUAUUUAGUCAUUUUUAUGUUUGUUUUUUAGUUUUUACACGCUUUUGUCUACAAAUUGUAACAAUUUUUUCUCUCGCACUUCUUCUACUGCAAAAAUAAUCACUGGGAUCGAAUUUGGGGCAGGAAGUCUAGCUCUAAUUCUUCUUUUUAACUCAUCCCGUAAAUAUUCUAUUGGAUUUAGGUCAGGACUGAAUGCUGGCCACUCCAUAACCCGAAAACCGACUUCUGCAAUGUAAUCUUGCACGAUGCUGGUGUGGGGCCUUGCAUUGUCAUGCAUAAAAGUAAAUUCGUCUUUAUUGCAUUGCUCAAAUCUCCUCGAUAUAUUGUAUCAGCCGUUAAACCUCUUCUUCCCUACGGUUCGUGUUCCUAUAGAAAUUGCAUCCCAGAUGAUGCAGGAAUCACCUUCAUAAACACUAUCCAUAUUCUUCAAAUGUCUUUGUUGUCAUUGUUCCAAUGUCUUAUUCAUAUGCGUGCAAAACGCAGGCGUGCUUGUCGAUCAGCUGGAGUAAAUUUUGGACCAAUCGCAAGUGUUUUAAGAGUCAGGUUAUCACCUUGCAGUCUUACUGUCCACUGACUAAUAGUCACUCCUAGCACCUUUGCACUUGAACGGCAUUAAGGUGACGAUUUCUUAAUGUCGUUGAUGUAAUAAAGCGGACAUCACGGGGGGUUGUAAAUUGCUUUCUGCCCGUUCCAGGUUGCCUAUGAAAGGAUCCAGUCUCUUCAUAACGCUGGCUGACCUCGCCGGGAAUACUCGACAGUCGUCCAGUGUAAUUCGAUAGGUUAGCCAUGUAGUUUUAUGAAUGAUUCCUUUGAAUUGAAGUAUUUGAAUAACAACAAAACAUAUCGACGCUUUUUUUUCACUGUAGGAUUUCUCCGACGUUCAUCUCUGAGUCAAUAUCGAGACACCCGUCUGUGGGGUUUCGAAACACUUGUUGUUACGGACAAUUUUUGAUACUUCGAGAUGAUUAUACUCCGUAUUUUGGACAGAUAUUAAUUUUAUUCAUUGGGGAUCACUAAUUAAAUGUCCAACCACUAAAACUUAAAAUUAAAUUUCAUCCAAGUUCGUAACGAAGGGUAUGAAGUAUUCACAACGUGUCAAGUGAUUAUUUUUUUUAUACAACCAUGAAUAAAAAAUUGUAUUAAUAUUUAUAUUGAAGCAACAGACAUAUCUGUAAAAUUUGGUAUCUUUGCUAAUUGAAAUAAAUCGCAUAUAUCGAGAAACUAAACUUUAAUUUGUUUGUGAAAGCUCAAAAAAUAAAAUUACUGAUUUUGGAUGGUUCUAAUUCAGUGUAUAAUAUGUGGAUAUUUUGUAGAUCUCUUAAUUCUUAAAUAUAAGAACUAUUCUCAUUGCUAGGAUGUGUAUAUAUGUAAACAAACAAAAAAGAAAAAAAUUGUUUAUUUAUGCUUUAUAUUUAUUCAUUAUUAUACUCAUACCAGCUUGCUGUACUUUCAAUGUUGUUGGAUUAUUUUGUAAGAUUUAUCAUUUAUAAAUUUGUAUUUCUGUUUUAAUAAACGAUUAUUCAUA